ACCGCGUGGUCCGGGCCAGGUAGACUGGACGCCGCGGAGCUCACCGCAGCGGCAGCGGCAGCGCAGGCGGCCCGCGGUCCCCCACCCCGUCCACGCAGCGUUCGCAACAAGUGCGCAGGGGGAGGGCGGGCGCGGACGGCGGGGCCAGCUGCGUUGAGAGCUCGGGCACCGCCGCCUGCUUCUCUGGAAGCGCCUGGGAGCCCCGCCGCGCGGAGUCCGAAGUCGGCCACCAUGGAGGCGCAGGCACAAGAAGAAAAUGGUGAAGGGAUCAUGAUGCGUUCCACACGGGGUGAAUGGUAGUCUUUCUUGUAACUGAGACAGUGUGGAGGAACCAAGCCACCAUCAAGCCUCACUUGCGCACCGUUGGAGGUGCCCGAGAACAGCAGUGUUUUCCGUUUGACUGGUUGUUGUCACAUGUCAUUUGUCAAAAUAGAGAAACAGGACGCAGAUACUCUAACUGUAAGACCAGACGUGCUCUGAGCAUGUCUCUCUCCUCGUCCUCCGAGGAAAGAGAAAGUUCUGAACAAAGGAAGAAAUGAACAACUGUGGGGCAUCUCAGUCCUUCGUAGUCUUGAAAUAUCAGGUUUGUUGGAGACCGAACCGUUGCAAGGACGAGAUGAAGACAUGGUAGCCCGUGCUGACUUGUCUAGCAUGCUGUCUGAGGAGGAAAGAGAAGAGUUGAAGGCAGAAUUAGUUCAGCUAGAAGACGAAAUCACAACUUUACGGCAAGUUUUAUCAGCGAAAGAAAGGCAUCUGGUUGAGAUAAAACAAAAACUCGGCAUGAACCUGAUGAAUGAAUUAAAACAGAAUUUCAGCAGAAGCUGGCACGAUGUGCAGACCACGACCGCCUACAAGAAAACACACGAAACCCUGAGUCACGCAGGGCAGAAGGCAACCGCGGCUUUCAGCAAUGUUGGGACGGCCAUCAGCAAGAAGUUUGGAGACAUGAGGUCUCACUCCAUCGGCUACUCCAUUCGCCAUUCCAUAAGUAUGCCGGCUAUGAGGAAUUCUCCUACUUUCAAAUCAUUUGAGGAGAGGGUUGAGACAACUGUCACAGGCCUUAAGACGAAAGUAGGCGGCGCGAACCACGGCGGAGGCAGCUUCGAAGAGGUGCUCAGCUCCACGGCACACGCCAGCGCGCAGAGCUCGGGGGGCGGGCCCCAGCGGGCCGAGGAGGAGGAGCUACAGUGCUAGGGCCGCCCCCUGCAGCCGCCGCCGAGCCCCGGCCCCGCCCAGCGCACCGUCCUCCGGACCCGCCGAAAUCCCCCUGGGAAAAACCCAGGCCUUGACCUUGUUCUUCAAAGGGCCUCUCCACGGGGUUCAAUAAAAUGAUUUCCAUUUUG